AUGUCAGCGGGGGCGUUGCCCUCGAUCGCGGAUAUCGCUGCUCCACCUGUGGGACAUGCACACGGUCACAGCCGGAGUCGCGGUCACGGUCACAAUCGAUCUGCUCGCUGGGCGCAACCGCCACCUCCCCUCUCGCAGGGACAUACCAAUGCCAACAGCCCACCGCAAUCGGAGCCGACCGGCGCUGUGAGUGGUAGCUAUUCGUAUAGCCAUGCCUCACAGUCGUCCGUGUCUCAUCAUCACCAUACGGAUUCCUCCCAUUCGACUGGACACCAUCAUCACACCCAUACCGCGUCCUCGAUCCACCAUGAUGCGUCGCAUGCGCAUGCCCACGGCCACGACCAUGAUCACGACCAUGACCAUGCCCACGGCCAUGACCAUACUCAUGAUAUGAAAAUGGGGUCACUAGCGCAAGCGGAUAAAGCAAAGUUGACAAAUGAGAUAUGCACCGGCUCCCUCAUCGCAUUGCCUUGGAUUGCCCUCUCGUGGUAUUCGCGGAGUUGUGUUCCGACGGAGAUUCCAGGAGAUGCGACAACUGCAGCAAUUGGGUCAGCCGAGCAAGUCGGAGCAAAGGUUGGACUCGUGACUGCUAUGACCCUCCUCACCUUCGGCUGCGGUCAAAUAUUGAGGAAGAAUCACCUACAAGGUGGUUCUAUGAGCGCGUCGCCUAUCAAAUUUCCAGCAGCCAGGGCAAAGACGGCGCAAUUGGCUUUGCAGCAAGUCUUCUCUAUUGGGUUGCCAGUCUACGCUGCAUUGAAAGUGGGAGGCUUCCUGGUAGCUUUCGCUCUUCUUCUUGCAACAGCCUCUGGGCUACCCAAUCUGAUCAACACAACCUUUCAAAGCGGACCCUCUGAGAGAUACAGCAAAAAGAUUUUUACCGUUGCGCUUUUGGUGGCAGUUGUCCUUUUGAGCUUUAUUGCCUUGGGGUUCCUCGCCGCUCGUGGGAUAUGUGGCACUGUUGACAUCCGUCUUUGUUCUCCCCCUCCAUUUCCGACGCUUCGCCGCCAGGGACCCAUCCCAGAGCCGGGCCUCGUUGCCGAGUCUAUGGCUCAGAGCAAGGCCGCGGAUGCGGGCCAAUCAUCUGUUGUCGUUACCAUUGAUGCACCUCUCGCGCUCAUCACCGGAGCUUCCCUGACCGGGUUAACCCUCAUCGUAUCUCGUGGCUUGCCAUUGAGCUCGUGGGAGUUGAUCUACCUUUUGCCUGCCGCGGUAUCAUUUGCGAUGUCUUUGAUGAUCUGGUUCCCCUCGGGCCUUCGUUCGUCUGAUAAAGUUGGCCUCGCUGUCAGCACUGCGACAGCGGCGCUCCUCUGCUCUACUCAUAUCAAAGACGAUCACCUAUUUAUCUAUGCCGCUCGCGGUAUCCUCGCCGCUGUCUCAUUCUUUGCUGCCCGAAUGGAUGACAGCCAUCUUCGUCUAGACGCCCAUACGCACAUACACGCCCAUAGUCACCACCACCAUGGGCAUUCCCAUGGCAGCACGGAAACCACCCGAGUCACAAAGUGGCUACUCCAUCGCAGUGAGGAUUAUCCGCUAUUGCAUAGCAUCCUCAAGGAGAAAGAUUCUCGCAGUAUCUUCUACUUCAUGUGCCUGAACUUUACAUUCAUGCUUGUUCAGCUGUCAUACGGUUUUGUCACCGGCUCUCUCGGUUUGCUUAGCGAUAGUAUCCACAUGUUCUUCGACUGUCUUGCUCUCGUUGUUGGACUUUGCGCUGCUGUCAUGAGCAAAUGGCCGCCAAAUGCGCGGUUCCCAUAUGGCUAUGGUAAGGUGGACACCUUGUCUGGAUUUGCCAAUGGUAUCUUCCUCAUGAUCAUAAGCGUGGAGAUCAUCUACGAAGCGGUGGAGCGGUUGUCUUCCGGUAGCCAGAUGCACCGUAUCGGUGAAUUGCUCGCCGUUAGUGUAGCUGGCCUGCUUGUCAACUUGGUCGGCAUUUUCAGCUUCGAGCACGGACACCAUCACCAUGGUCAUGACCACGGCCAUGACCACUCUCAUGGCAAUGAGAACAUGCAUGGCAUUUUCCUGCAUAUUCUUGCCGAUACGCUUGGUUCAGUGGCUGUGGUGAUCUCAACCAUCCUCGUCCAUUAUUCGGGAUGGUCAGGCUAUGACCCCUUGGCAUCAUGCUUUAUCGCUAUUUUGAUCUUUGCCUCGGCCGUGCCAUUGGUUAGUAGCACGGCCAAAACUUUACUUCUCACUUUACCGGCGGAUACCGAGUAUAAUGUUCGUGAAACCCUGGCCGGAGUGAGUACCCUAAGAGGGGUUGUGAGCUACACCGUGCCGAAAUUCUGGCUUGAUGAUACCAGCUCGUCGUCUUCAGGUCAUGACCAUGGUCAUGAUCAUUCUAGCCAUGGCGGUUGUGAUCAUGGCCACAGCCACAGCCACAGCCAUCAGGAUCAUAGCCACGCUCAUAGCCAUGAUCAUGGUCAUAGUCAUGACCACGGUCACGACCACGAUCAUACGCAUGAACACAAGGCCCAGAAAGUCCUCGGAGUGAUUCACGUGGUUGCUUCCCGUGGGGCCGAUCUCGAAGAUGUUCGCCAACGGACAGUGAAUUACCUUCGCGAAAAGGACAUGGAUAUCGUGGUCCAAGUGGAGCGCGACGGAGACGGCCGUUGCUGGUGCGGGGGUGGAAACAAAAGCCCCUGA